GUGGCACCUCGCUCCUCCACAAGAGAUCUAAAACGGAGUACAAUUUGCCUACAGUUUCUUGUUCUUCAGCCACACACACACUCGUCACAAUUUUCGCUGCGCUAAAAGCUUGACCUUUCAGAAGCAGCGAGCACCAUCAUGCCGCCCGCACGGAAGGGCGGGCUGCUGGCCUGGUGCUGCUCAUGUCGGCCCAUGACGCAGUUCUGCUGCGGCUGCCAGCUUUCCACCGGAGCCAAGCUGAUUCUGUUUGGAAACUUGCUGAUGAACGUCUUUUACAUUGCCGCUGCGGUCUCUUCAAUCAUUCUAAAAAUCCCCACUGUCGGGUUCGGCGACGACAUCGGGCAUCAAGUCUUCAACGCAGCGUAUCAUCAUGUUUGCACAGAACCAAAAGCAUAAAGAGGAUAUAUAUCCAGCUCGUGUCGCUUCAUGCUAUGAUUAAUGAUUUCUCCAAAUUGUUUGGCAUACGGCAAGAUCAUCACCAUUCCAUUUUUCUUUCCAGGUACUGCCUUUUCGGGCUUCCCUUCAUUUGCGCCGCACUGUAUGGUGUGUAUUACCGCCAGGAGCCGCACCUGCGACUCUACCUGUACUAUGUGACCCUCUCGUUUCUGAUGGAUUUUGGGUACGUCAUCUACUAUCUCUUCAUCAACGACGCCUGCAGCAUGAUGCCGGAAUCGGUGAAGCAGCAGGGUGCAGCCUUCGCGUGCGGGGUGACGCGGAGCUUCGUGAUUCUUUUUUCCUUCACACUGUUCAUUUUCCAGCUCUACUGCAUUCACGUGAUCUGGAGCCAGUGUGAGGACAUUCGGCAGGGAGGUGCGGGGACCGGCUUUCCGGAACUGCUCGCCGCGGGGAAGCCCGGGAAGAAUCUGCUCGGAGAUGGUAGGAAUAGAAACAUUGCUUUACAUGAUGCAUACGAAGAUGCAGCCAUGUGUUGUACUCUGACGCCAAGUAAUCUCUGAGCCGGCGUAUUUAUUGUGAGCUUCAAAAUCAAAGGUAGUUGAAAAAAAAAUACAAAAAACCUCCUUCGCUUGCAGCCGUCGCAGCUAUUUCGGAAGGCAACACGGAGACGCAACCUAUGAACUACGGAAGCCUAGCAACCCCAGGAAUCGGCGGCGGGAGGAAUUUGUUUGGGGGAGGUUCGCACGACGUCUCGUAUCCGCCUGCGGCGGCAUAGUGCAGCAGUAGUCGGACAACUAGGGGCCGAACCCGAAGCCAAUGCCAAAAAAAAAAAAAUCGCAUUCGAAGAAUGCGUCGUUUCACACUCAUCUAAAAGUACAAGAGCCAUUUUUUUCCAAACCUUUUUUAUCCAGAACAAGCACAGUGAAUGUACG